UUUUUCUUGUCAUGUAUGUCGAUUCGUUCGUAAUGGUGAUGUGACGUUUCAAAUUUUUUGAUAAUAACUUUAUAAGCUCUAUUUUUUUCAUUAAUUUUCUAUGCAUUGAAAUAGCAACAAUAACUUCGGUGGCUUUAGCUAAAUUUUAUCACUUUCAAGGAUGGAUUACAGCGAAAAUGAGAGUCUAGGUCUUUCCACUGAACAGACAGAAAAAGUUUUACAAUUUCAAGAUCUUACUGGAAUAGAAGAUAUUACGAUAUGCAGAGAUGUUUUACAAAGACAUCAGUGGAAUUUAGAAGUUGCAGUCCAAGAACAAUUAAACAUUCGCGAAGGCAGGCCUUCAGUAUAUGCUUCAGAAUCUAGGCCUCCCGCAGUUGUAAGUGAUCUUUUAGGGCAAUUAGUGUACCAUGCACCUCCAAGUGAUGGUUCUGGGACCGGAUUCAGAAGGUUUUUUAAGGCCUUUGUUGGAUUUAUGUGGAAUGUAUGUUAUAAUACAAUUGUGACCUUUUUGCAAAUAACAAGAAGGCUGUUAGGUUUAGAAUAUAGACCAAGAACAGACCCUCUGCAAGAAGUUCUAGAAUUCGUUCACUUCUAUGAAGAAAAGUAUGGAUGUGAACAUCCAGUUUUCUAUCAGGGCACAUUUUCACAAGUUCUCAACGAUGCUAAACGUGAAUUACGCUUCUUAGCUGUCUAUCUCCAUGAGCCUGAAGCUUCAGAUGCAGAUUUAUUUUGUAGAGAAACUUUAGCUAACCCAGAAGUAAUAAGAUAUAUUAACAACAAUUUUUUAUUCUGGGCAUGUUCCGCUAAAACUGAUGAAGGAAGGCGUACAAUUAAUGCUGUAAGAGCUAGUUAUUUUCCUUUUAUGGCCCUAAUGGUUUUAAAGGAAAACAAAAUGACAAUUGUGGGCCGGUUGCAAGGGUUUACAGAUGCUAAUAUUUUUCUUCAAAGAAUGCAUACUGUAGUAAGUGAAUUUGAAAUCAAUUUAGUUCAAGCAAGAGCUGAUAGGUUUGAGCAGAGUGUAAAUAGAUCAAUAAGACAACACCAGGAUGAAGCAUUUUUAGAGAGCUUACGAGCAGACCAAGAAAAAGAAAGAUUAAGAGAGGAAAGGAGAAAGGCUGAAGAGGAAGUUAGACGACAGUUAGAAGAAGAAGCAAGGCAAGAAGAAGAAAGAAAAGAAGCACUUCAAAGAGAGAAAAUAGAGUCAGUAACAAAAGUUCCAUCAGAGCCAGAUGUGACCCAUCCCGAUGUUGUGCAUGUAGUUUUUAAGUUACCUUCUGGGAACAGGUUAGAAAGAAGAUUUCUAAAGUCACAUUCACUUGAGCAUGUAUUUUACUUUGUGUUCUGCCAUCCACAUUCACCAGAUUCAUUUGAGAUAACUACAAACUUUCCAAAAAGAGUACUACAGUGUCGACCUGCACACGAAAAAGAAAAGGUUCAAACAUUAGAGCAAGCAGGAUUAAAAAAUAGAGAAGUUCUUUUUAUAAAUGACCUAGAUGCAUAAUUGUAUCAAUCACUAUUACUUACUUAACUUCUAUAAAGUACCAAAUUAUGUUGGUAUUGCCAUGAAGAAAACAAGAAUUUCAUAAAAUUAAGAUUUUUAUAUGUUCUUUAAUAAAUGUGAUAUAAUACUUUGUUAGUAGUUUGUACUACUAAUUCUUUAUAAUGAUUGUAUAUAAAAUAUACAAUUUCACUUU